CCAUUUAUUAAAACAAAAAGACUAACAAAAUUAACUGUUUCUCCAUUUGUCAUUCAGCAUCUAGCCAAGCACCAGCCUCAGCUAACUAGUACAAUGGCAUCAGUUGCUAUGGAUAUGCUAAAAGCUGCAUCAGAUUGGCUUACUUUUGCUUUUGAUGCUCCUUUUGCAAGAGCAGUUGUCUUUGGAGUGAACAUUGGAGGUCAUCUAUUUGUGGAGGGUCUUCUCGUUGUGGUCAUUAUUUUCCUUCUUUCGCAGAAGAGUUAUAAACCACCUAAAAGACCAUUGACAAAGAAGGAAAUUGAUGAGCUAUGUGAUGAGUGGGCUCCUGAACCUCUAAUUCCUAAAAUCACAGAUGAUAUGAAAUAUGAACCUCCUGCAUUGGAGAGUGCUGCAGGACCACAUACAUUAAUUAAUGGGACAGAAGUUAUCAAUUUUGCCUCAGCAAAUUACCUUGGAUUAGUCGGACAUGGGAAAUUACUUGAAGCUUGUACAAGAUCAUUGGAGAAAUAUGGUGUCGGUUCUUGCGGUCCUCGUGGAUUUUAUGGAACAAUAGAUGUCCACCUUGAUUGUGAGGCCAGAAUAGCAAAGUUUUUGGGUACUCCAGAUUCUAUACUUUACUCUUAUGGGCUUUCCACCAUGUUCAGUGCAAUCCCAGCAUUUUGCAAAAAGGGAGAUGUUAUUGUUGCGGAUGAGGGAGUGCACUGGGCAAUUCAAAAUGGCCUUCAGCUUUCCAGAAGUACAGUAGUAUAUUUCAAGCACAAUGACAUGGAAUCCUUAAGAAAUAUGCUAGAGAAGGUCACCCAGGAGAACAAGCGUGCAAAGAAGCUGAGGCGCUAUAUUGUGGUAGAAGCGGUGUAUCAGAAUUCUGGACAAAUUGCUCCCUUAGAUGAAAUCGUUAGACUCAAGGAAAAGUAUCGAUUCCGUGUUUUACUGGAUGAGAGCAAUUCAUUGGGUGUUCUUGGCAGUACCGGCAGAGGUUUAACUGAGUACUGCAAAGUUCCGGUUGACAAGAUUGAUAUCAUAACGGCGGCUAUGGGGCAUGCAUUGGCUACAGAGGGAGGAGUAUGCACUGGGAAUGCAAGAGUGAUUGACCACCAACGGCUUAGCAGUUCUGGCUAUGUCUUUUCUGCUUCUUUGCCCCCUUACCUAGCAACUGCAGCAAUCACAGCAAUUGAUAUCCUGGAAAAAAAUCCUGAUCUUAUCACAAAACUGAAGAAAAAUGUUGGCACACUAUGGAAAGGGUUAUCUGGUAUUCAAGGGCUUGAGAUAGCAAGUGAUCCGGCAUCACCAAUUGUUUUUCUCCAAUUAAAAAAGUCAACAGGUUCCUCGAAAGGUGACCUUCAGGUGCUUGAAGAGAUAGCUCACCAUGUACUGAAGGAAGACACUGUUUUCGUUGCUACUUCAAGAAGAUCAACUCUUGACAAAUGCAAAUUGCCUGUGGGCAUUAGAUUAUUUGUCUCUGCUGCUCAUACCGAAGACGACCUAAUGAAAGCAGGUGAAUCACUGAAGAGAGUUGCAGCUCUGGCUUUAAAUGGUCAUGAUUAGAUGUUGCAAACUUGGAAGUCUGCCAUGGUUUUUUCAAUUGGAGCACGGAUUUCAGAUCUGGUGAUGGACCUUCAAUUCAGUGAUCUUCUCAUGCAAGCAGAAAUGGCAAGAAGACUGCAAGUUUAUUUGAAGACAGGUGCACGAGUAUUUUGAAGCUGUUGUUGGUUUUAAUCCUUUUAUCCGAGUUCAGUAGGACUGCUAAAAUGGUACAAUUUUGACUGAUGCAAGCUAUUUAGAUCUUUGUAGUGGAAUAUGAUUCCUUUUAUUCUCCCUGAGCACCAGAAAGGGGAUAACAGAAGAACCGUAGUCCUCAAUUGAAUGUAGAUAUUCAUGUUUAAGUUAAACGUCACUAACCUCUAUUUCCUGGA